CCUUCUGAAAUUCACGCUGUAAUCAAAUUUCCCCAAUCACUGCAUCUUUUUGCCGUCUGUUCGUAAGAUCAGAGUAGUUAAGCGGUUAACUAUGUCUGAUCUCAGUCCAAAAUAUCCCCACAACUGAAUCACUACAUCUUUUGCAUUCUGUUCGCAGGAUCAAGUUUGUUGGUUAUUUUAUAAUGUCUUAGCGCAGUAGACGUCGCUACCUCUAGUGCUGAUGUUGUGCAGCCCCGAGAUGGUACUAACGAGAUUCGCGGGCUGCCGGCCGCACUCGGCUUCCUCUGCCAUUUCUCUGACUGCGACUUUCGUUCGGUUAACAGCGACCGGAUUCGAAAACACUAUAAUGAAGUGCAUCAGUGGCAAGUUCUGCAUCAUGGGGCUAUGCCAUGGCAUAAGGCAUACAUGCAGACCUUAUUUCAACAGAAGGCAAUGCCCAAUGGUCUCAGCCCAACAGACCAUAACGUACGAAAGUUGCUGGAUAUGAGGUCUCCCAGGAGCAAAGAUGAGAUCCGUUCCGUCUUAGGAAGCGCCGGUUACUACGUCGAUUUGUGCCCAAUUUCGCUUCUGUUGUAGAACCCAUGGUUCGUCUUGUGUGCAAGAAGGUCCCUUUUGUUUGGAACCAAGAGCAAGUUGAAGCUUUUUACCAGAAUCAAGCAGUUGCUAACCAGUCCUCCAAUCCUAUCCUUUCCUAAG